AUGGCUUUUAAGCAGGUCAGUUUCAUGAGUCUGCCGGAGACACCAGCAGGUCACGACGCAGAAGUUCGUGAAGCUCAAGGUCACUGCGUGAAUGGAGCAGAACCCCUACUUCGCAACCGCCCAGACUUUACUGAAGAUCCACCUCUGCUGAAUCAGUCGAAGGGUCUCAAACCGUCCUUCUGCAAAGCCAAUGGUCAGUGGCACAUUCUGAAAGGCAACAUCUGCGAAUGUCUACCAGGCUUUGAGGCCUCAAUUGAGGAGAAUCAGUGCACAAGUUGUCCCCUGGGCACCUACAAGGCGCUGUCAGGGCCGGGCUUUUGUCGACCCUGUCCUCCGAAUUCCAUUUCCGAGGCCUCCAUAGGGAGCAAAAGGUGUGUCUGCAGCCACCCCCUCUUCGUUUGGCACGUCCUUCCCGACGGUGGAAGUGGUGUCUGCUCGCCAGACUGCUCCUCCCUCACUACACGAUCGUCAGUGCAUCCGCAAGAGGUGAGAGAAGGUCACGGCAGUAGCGGUGACCAAAGUAUUCACACCUUCAACGCAGCUGCAAAUCGCAGGCAUGAGGAGGCCUCCUUCGUCCUCCCUGCAGAGGAGGAGGAGGAGGAGGAGGAGGAGGCACAGUUCGAGCAACUGCAUCACAACCGCUUGAAUGUGGUGCAUCAGUGA